UCACUGGAGUCUCCCUGUGUGAUUAUAGUAACGCUGUGGAUUGUGGGCAGGAGAUAUCAUCGCCGCCCUCUCUGUCACCCACACUCCGGGAACCCUUGGGAGACAUUCUCGAGUCACCCGCCCAGCAGCAGCGCGCCGGGGACAGCCGCCUCCUCCAAGCGUCUGCCCGCUGGGCAGCACAGAACUGGCAUCACUGCAGCCGAUUCACGGGACCUGCUCCUCCUUGCACAAUGAGUUUACUUUCAAUAACAGGAGCUCAUGUUCACAUUGGAUUAUGGGACAGAGAAUUGGGAGCGAAGGAGAUAACAGAGCAGAGGAGAUACAAAUCCAGCAGAACUCAAGCUGAAGGUUUUGAUUGGCAGUUGUGUGCAGUGCUGGUAUGCAAUGGUAAUGAGUUACUGAUUUCGUUGACAAUGUGGUUUGUAAUUGCUGGGUAACCAACUUCUGCACCUUGGACUCAGGAAUUCCCUACUGUGGACGGAGAUUCUCAGCACAGCAGCCAGGGAUGAAAGGAUUGUUUUGAUAACACUCCAGCAGUACACAUUCACAUUGAUAAUCAAUUCAACAUGGAUUCAAGUAGAGAAAGCAGAAGACCAUGAAAUUCCUUUUGAAGUAAUCCGAUGAUGCAGCCUUUUUUGUCUACAAAAGUGAGGAGGCAUGUAAUGUGUUAAAUUCCUACUGGUAUCCCGUCACAUCCACGCUACUCGGCUACGUGUGAAACAGGAUGAGAAGGCUACGAAAAGGACUCUUGCUGGUUUGUUAUAGUGAUAAUUGGAUCGUGUAGCACAAGCAGACACACACACACACAGUUGUGUUUGGAAAAUGAAGGAGGUAAUCUACUGGUCACCCAAGGAGGUUGCCGACUGGUUAACAAAGAGAGGUCUGCAAGAAUAUUCUGAGACCUUUCAGUCCCUUAAUGGCCAUGGUUUGCUCAGGUUAAAAGAAGAUGACUUUAAAAAGCCCCCUUUGUCACGUGUAUCUUCUGAUAAUGGCCGUCAGUUGCUGGAGAUGAUAGAAACACUGAAAAUUGAGACUCACAUAGAGGAACACAAGAAUGGACAUGCAAAUGGACAUAUUUGUACAAGCAAAGAGAUCAAUUCGAACGAUCAUGGUUUCAUCAGCAAAGCCAAGAAGAACGGGAUGCCAAAUGGAAUCCGGAAGGAGAUGAUAAAGAUUCCAAUGCCUGAGCUUGAACGUUCUCAGGCUUUUCCUGAUGAGUGGUUUAAAACCUUCGUAGCCUUCCUCUAUGCACUUGUCUGUUUCAUACUUACAACAGUGAUGAUCUCUGUUGUCCAUGAACGUGUGCCUUCUAAGGCGGAGGAAGCUCCCCUCCCGGAUGUGUUUUUUGAUUAUUUUGACCGGGUUGCUUGGGCCUUUUCUAUUUGUGAAAUUAAUGGAAUGAUUCUUGUGGGACUUUGGCUUCUCCAGUGGUUGUUCCAAAAGCACAAGUCCAUUGUUGCGCGGAGAUAUUUUUGUAUAGUUGGUACUCUGUACUUGUACCGCUGUAUAACUAUGUAUGUAACUACACUGCCAGUUCCUGGAAUGCAUUUCAAUUGUUCUCCAAAGCUUCUUGGCAACUGGGAGGCCCAGCUCAGAAGGAUAUUAAAGAUGAUUGCAGGAGGCGGUCUCUCAAUCACAGGCGCCCACACUAUGUGUGGGGACUAUCUGUACAGUGGCCACACAGUUAUGUUAACACUGACAUACAUGUUCAUUAAAGAGUAUUCUUCUCGGCGCUUCUGGUGGUAUCACUGGAUCUGCUGGAUCCUCAGUGUGGUUGGGAUCUUCUGUAUUCUUCUGGCACAUGAUCACUAUACAGUGGAUGUCAUCAUUGCCUAUUACGUCACUUCCAGGUGCUUCUGGUGGUAUCAUACUAUGGCCAAUCAACCAGUCCUGAAAGAGGCAUCAGCAUCCAACCUCCUGUCCCGGGUAUGGUGGUACAGACCUUUCCAAUACUUUGAGAGAAAUAUUCAGGGUAUUGUACCUUGUUCCUACCAGUGGCCCAUACCUUUGUCAUGGCUGCCCACUAGGCACGUGAAGUACAGCAGACUGAUAAAUGAAGCGUAACAACAGCAGAAGAUAAGUGUUGUAAAGGGAGCUCCAAUUUGCUAAGAACUCAGACAAUGCCAUAUAAGGAGACUCCUUCCAUCGCUCUUCAUGUUAAGUUACCAUGACCUUUUCAGUUACCUGGUCAGCACUGUGAUAAUUUUCUCUCCAAAGGACCCAUGAUGGAAAUACAUGGAAACCAAGAAUUUAUCAUGCACUCUAUACUAUUUCCUGCACAUGUGGGAACCACAUUAUUCAUAGCGAUGCUUGUUUGUAUAUGAAGAAAUUAUAUAAAACGGUUCUAUUUUAUACCCUACCUGUGUCUUUUCCAGUCAUGUCUGGGAAUAAAACAUUUUUUUUCUUGGGAAAACAUUAUUUCAGAACACUUAAACUCAAUACAGGGCUCUAAGCCAUUUUGUAACCAAUUGUCUCUAUGAAGGCUUUGAAGUACCUGAACAAACUUGCACUGCAGUCCCACAGAUCAAAAGAGGUAUAUUUAACUUUAGUUAAAUGUAAGAUUUUUCCCUUUUUUUGCCUUGCAGUUUUGUUUAGUGUUUUUAUAUGUGUUACUUUUUAAUGUUUUACUACUUUGAAAGCUUUCAGUUAAAAUCCAGCAAACAUAUAAAAUUAAAUUCUUGUAUUAAAAGAAUAAAUAUAAAAAUAAUCCAAUAUGUACCUCUGGUUCCCAGUGCAGGUUUUUUUUUCACAUUUAUUUUCUGAAUUAUAUAUGGCAUAUUCGCAAUUUUUCUUUUUAAAGUAAAUUAUUUUUUAUGUAUCUCUUAUGUGGGACUGCAGCUUGGUGUUUGACACACUUUCUACCUGUUGCACCAACGCUCUAAAGACAGACAACAAAUGGUUUAGUAAAUUGAUUUUAUAAAAAUCUUUAGCAGCGGUCAAAGUGAAAAUUACUCUGUUGUAAAGUGACUUUUCUAAGUAUUUCCUACCUUUAUUUUUCAAAAUGAUGUUGAUAAAGAUAACAUUUAAAGAUUUUUACAUGUCAAAGAGAAGAUCUAAUUGGGAGAGAGAUUUGUAAAUGUUACUAGUGCCUUCCUUGUCUUGAUUGUAUGGUCAGUAGGCAGUCUUAAAUAAUUUUAAAUAAAGUAUUCCAUAACACAUUUGAAGAACUAUAGAUAUAUAAUAUGUGGAUAUGUUAUUAUAUUUUUUUGUUUUGCAUUCACAUACAGAACACACUAUCGCAGAUUUUGUUGACUGUAAACUAGGAGAAAUUUGAAGAUAACUGAUUUGUUAACUGUGUAUCCCAUUCAUUUGUUGUCUGUUCAGUCAAGAUUUUUUUUUUUUAUUUAGUGUAAAAUAUAUAAAGCACCUGUUCGUUAUCAUUUUAGAAACCUUUUUUGGUCACAUGUUAAAUCUCCAUUUAGUGUAUUAAAAGUUUACAUCGGUUUCAUUUUCGGGUAGUGUUCUGGAAUAGUCAAAAAUAUUAUUUACCUGGGGUUCAGCCACCCAAUCUUCCAGGUCUCCCGAUGUGCCAUGUUAUGCUAUCCACACUGAUGGUGGGACUUUCUUAAUUCAGAUGUGUUAUCGGUGCCCCUAAUCUGUGAAUGUACCUUUCUUUUAAUUGGAAAUUUGCAAAAGGGAGGCAUCAACAACACUGUUACCUGUUUAUUACAGGCAUGCAGCAGAAGCUUAGUGGAGAAAGUCAAUGACGUAGGGGUCUGGCCUUAUUAAGGGGUAUGCAGUAUUGUUGCUUACCUUAAUGGUGCCACCCACAUUUCAUUCUUGGGUAAAGGUGUACUUUAACACCAUAUCCUGUUUAUAUUUGAUACUUCAGAAUAUUCAGAUUAUAUAUGUUUUAUUUGUGCUGUAACCAUAUUUAAAAGAAAAGUAUUUGAUCAUAUGAUUGCCAAUGUACAGGAUAUAAUUUUUUAAGAAUGAAGAAAUCGAUCUAUAAUUGAUAUAUAUAUAUUCAGAUAUAUAUCUUUUCUGUAUUUUCUGUAAAACAGAGUUUUCUUCUGUGUAUGUAUGUAUGUUUUUUGGGGUGAGGGAGGGUGGGCUGUGUAUUCACAAGGUGAUAUUUGUACUGUAAAAUCUAUUGGUGAUUUGAAAACAAAAAAGUUUCAGAAAAACGUAAAAAGCAAAUAGAAAACACUUGAAUUGUGUUUGUGCUUGUAUUUAUAGCCUUACCAUUCAUUCGGGGCAGUAUGGCUCUCUCAUGUCUUUUGUCUGUUUAUGUCGUCUUCUAUUAUUGACUUAAUCUAAAACAAAAUAAAAACUCACACUUUCCAAAAAUGUUGUUUUAAAUGUUUCCUUCCAAUGCUUACCUAUGUGUUUUCACUGUUCUUUUUGUCCCAUUGCUAUUUCCAAAUCUGUUGAUUAAAAUAUAUUUAUAUUUAA